AUGACGAAGCCUGUCGAAUCAGCGUCGCACAAGGGCCAACGCCGACCAGAUGUGCCGAAAUGCCGCAGGCUCCAAUUGGAGGCCCUUGCCUGCGGGCGAGGGCGCGAGGGCGCUGGCGCUGCGUCCCAUGUGCAGCGCAAGCCAGACAAGACUCGACAGACCAGCCACGGAGCGGUGCAAGCGAGGAGGCCCUGCGCCUUGUGUGUGCGCGUGCGUGUGCGUGUGCUUGUGUGUGUGCGCGUGUGUUGCUCGUUGGCGCUCGAGCAUGUCGCGCCCGACCCCAAGGGCCAGACGAAGACGAGACUGGACGGCCAGGCUGAGCACAUUUGCACAGAUCUCGCAACCCAUGGGAGCCAACGGCUGCGCGACCCGAGCUAUGCCGCAUAG